UUGUGCGGAGAGAGAGAAAGCCGAAGAUAUUGACUGAUGUCGUGGAGAAUAACUUUCUACCAUCAAAGUGAAAAAUGGCUGGUAUGGAUCCACCGGAGAAAGUGGUGUAUGAUGGUAUGGAAAGGGAGCCGAAUGCGAUGGUGGAGACAUUGGAGCAUUUUUGUCCUGCGGAUCAGGCUGUCGUUUUCCUCGGGAAAGGUCAUGCGGGAUUGGUUUGGGAGUUGUUAAAGAGUCACCGUCAUUGCAUUGUGCUGGAAGGGGAGGGUAUGAAGUUCGAGUUCCUCACUCAGUUCAUUGACAAGAUGGUCAAAACUCGAGAUUACUACGCCAGCUUUANUUGCAUUGUGCUGGAAGGGGAGGGUAUGAAGUUCGAGUUCCUCACUCAGUUCAUUGACAAGAUGGUCAAAACUCGAGAUUACUACGCCAGCUUUACUAAGCCGCCUCCUCGACAUGAUGAAGCGCGUAAUCUUGUCUACAAGGUUGGCCAAAACGUGCUCAAUAUUUGGGAGUUUCUCUUCGAAACAAAGCCGCAAGAUAGAGGGGAACGUACUUAUGUCCUCAGAAGAAGAAAARUGGAGAAGCUCUUGAGGGGUUAUCAUAAAGCACCAUCGGAGAGGGAGGUUUCAUUUCUCGACCGCUUGGAGACAAUGUACUUUGACCAACAAAUCGGGGCGUUUACAAUCGCAGGUUAUGCAACUUGUUUUGUGGAUGGUGAGGACUUUGAUGCCGACGACUCAGAAGAAGAGAGUGUUGAUGGCACUUUGCAAGCGGCUUUGGCAGCUGAGAGGCAAAGAGCUCGUAGCCCGGGUUCGCAGAGAAUGGGUGUUCCAGGCACAUCGUCCGGUUCUGGAGGAGCUUCGAGCAUGGCGGUUUCAACCGAUYAGUUACUGACUCASCCGCCGACUUCUUCUAUUGUUACACCGACUCAUAUGGCGGGCAAUACGAUGACGGUGGCAUCCGGAGGCAGUCUGGAUCCGACUGUUCUAGCAAUGCUCUCCCCAGAGUUGGUGGCAACUCUGGCACCAUUCGCACACAACCCAAGUACUAUUAUGGAAUUGCUACGCUCUCGAACUCCAAAACAACCUCCACCUGAUGAGCCUUUGGAGUACGAGAUUGGAAACACAAUCCCUGCAGACAUUCGACUGGUUACGGGGCCUAUAGUGUGCCGAGACGAUUAUACGGUGACGGAUGAUGCCACAUGGGGUCAUCACAUCAUAUGGCACCCCCAACACUUCCAACCUGCAUUGGCGAGAGGGAGAUUGCCAAGCGACUCCUGCGACUUAAUCCGGAGGUUUCUCAAUCAAGACUGGAUGAAAGAACAGAAGAAAAUUUCCAAGAGUUCAAAACAUCACAGUGGCUUGAGUAUCUGGAAGAGUUCUAUGAUAGACAAACCAGUUCGGCUUAUGGAUAUUAUUGGCAUGUCAGACAAGAUCUUGGGGAGAGGGAAAAAUCAAGCGGCGGUGGUGACCAUGGCAAGGGAUCCGGAUCGAGYGGAGGUGCGCAUGGCAAAGGAUCGCAAUUGGGGAGUAGUGCAAGUGACAAGGGUACGGAACCGAAUGACGGUGCAAGCGGCAAGGACGCAAGUCGUGGGAAACGGCAACAAACCGAAAAGUCUAAGGGGCGUCAAGCAACAGAAGGCAAGGGAUCAGCACCAAGCGGCAGUGGGCAUGGCAAACCUACAUGACCAAGCGGCGGUGGUUCAAUUGUUGAAGGGUCUCAGGGGCCUCAAGAAACAGAGCGCAAGGGAUCAGGAUCGAGUGGUGGUUCAACUAUCGAAGGGUCCCACGGUCGAGUCGAACACGACAGUGGCCUCGCAUUGGAGCGUUCCCGGCUUGACCAAGCGAAGAGUCACACGGUCGAGUCAUACCCGACAGUGGGAUCGGAAACGAUCGCUGGUGCGACUGACAAGGCUUCGGUACCAUGGGGGGGCAGUACAACUAUCGGCGGUGCUUCACCUGUCAAAGAGUCACACGGUCGUGUCGAACACGACACUCAUCCAGCAUUCGAGCGCUCGCGGCUUGACGAAGCGAAGAAAGUCACUGUCGAGUCGAACCCGACAGUGGGAUCGGGAUCAAUCGCCGGUACAAGUGGCAAGGCUWCAAGACCAAUCGACGUUGUUUCACCWGUCGMAGGGUCGAGUCGAACAUGACAGGGGUCCACUAUUGGAGCGCUCCCAGCUUGACCGAGCGGAGAAACUCGUGGUUGAGUCCAACCCGACACAUCAACGGGGAUCGAUUGCCGRUUCGAGUGUCAAAACUUCGGGACGAAAAGACGGUGUGAGUUGCGAGGGCGUGAGUACAGCUGACCAAGUUUGGGCGACUACGAUACUUGUGGGCGACAGUGUCGCGAUGGAAGUGAAUAUUAGUGGUACACUCACGGAAUUGCAGAUGCCGUCGUCGACGAUGCCAGCCGAAGUAAGCGGCACUUUCCAGGACACUUUUGAGGGCGUAAAGGAGGAASAAACUCUCCAUGUACAGGGCAUCGAAGAGGAUGAAGGACAUAUAGUACUACCUCAACAAACGCUUGAACAACCUCAAACACCACAGUCUGCUAACCUCAUGAUARCUAUCGAGGAAUCUCCUAUUGCGCCAUUGCAUAUGGAAGGUGUGACAGAAGGUCGUGUUGAAGAAAAACUGAGAGUUAGUCAUCGAGAAAUGGCCCGACUGAAAAAAAGUGUGACAGCGGGCUUUGGGCGGCAGUUCCCUGUACUUCCGUGUAGAAGUGGAGGAGCAAGCGGCGUCGAUAUCGGCAGCCCAUGAAAGCAAAAUAUUUGUGAAGAUACGUCCUUCCCGUCCACUAUGGUGCAACUCGAAUGAAGUCACGCCAAUCGC